UUGCUGAAAAGUUCUUUGGCAUUUUUUUGCGCUCGUGCUAACGCAACUAAAAAAUACCAAUAUCAGGCAAUGCGGUAUAAAUGUUGACAACAUUUUAUCGAUAGGCAUAGUCAGCUGUUUUGCCAAUUCUUGGUAACACUGACUGACACCGCCACAGAAAUAAGCAAAAUUGAUUAAGUUGUUAAUAUUUCUAUAAAAUCAGCCACAAUGGGCGUUUGCCGUUUCUUUCAACAAGGCUCCUGUCGCUUUGGCACCAAAUGCCACAAUGAGCACUUUGAUGUUAAACAAUACCUGAAAACGGACAUAGAAUCCUGCAUAAACAGCAACAUGUGGCGCUUUUCGGUCUACGGACCGUUCAAAGACAAGGGUAACAUACCGAACUUUAUAGAGGAUCAAUCAUUCGAGGAGGUGAGAUUCCAGGCGUACGAGAGUCGACGCCUAAACUGCUUCGAUCAAUUUCAUCAGCAAUUUACCAAAGAAGUGCACGAUACAAUAAACAAAAUGAAAGCCAUGCUACAGAUGACACCUCAAAUAAUUGAUAUGAUGAUAAAGAUAUACGAUGCACCUGAAGGUAGUCAACCCGCUACCAGUAACAAUCCCAAUCCCUUUGGCUUUGCCGGCAACAAUGCGGCACAACAGGUUGGCUCCAUAUUCAGCAAACCCGCCUUGGGUUCCAGUGGAGGCAACAUUUUUGGCGGCCCUGCUGCCACGCCUAGCUUUGCACCUGCCCCCACGGCCAACAGUAUAUUUGGAGGUGCCUCUGUUGGCGGAAACAAUGCGGCAGGCAACAUAUUUGGUGGUGCAACAAAUGCAAAUAUCUUUUCGCAACCACAACAACAGCAGUCACAAGCGUUUGGGCAACAGCAAGCGAAUCCUUUUGGACAACAACAGCCUUUGGCACAGGCACAGCCCUCUAUCUUUGCCCAGCCGCAACAGCAGCAACAACAGCUUAAUCCUUUUGGACAACCACAAGCAACAUCCGCCUUUUCAGGUGGCGGCGGAAAUAUUUUUACGCAGCCGCAAACAGCGAAUCCGUCGCCUUUUGGCCAAGCCAAUGCUUUCUUGCCACAACAACAACAGCAGCAGCAGCAACAACAGGCGGGCGGCAUCUUCGCACAAGCUGCUGCUGCACCAAAUCCCGGCAACAUUUUUGCUCAAGCCGCACAGCAGCAACAACAACAGCCACCUAGUGGAUUUUUUGGACAAGCAGCAGCGACAACAGGUUUUUCGCAACCUCAGCAACUGCAAAUGCAAGCAGAAGCGCCACAGCAGCUGCAGAUGCAACAGCAGCAGCAACAGUUGCAGCUACAGCAACAGUUGCAGCCACAGCAACCGCCCAACAGUGCUUCAUCUAUAUACAGUCGCAUGGAAGAUCUUUCUCAGGAGGAGAUUGCGGCAUUUAAAGCGGCACAAUUUGCACCUGGACAGGUGCCUUUCAAGCCGCCACCACGAGAGCUUUGUUAAACAAGAAACGUUUAGUUAUGUCAACAUAAAUAAAAUUUUAUAAUAAAAACUAAUGUAUAG